AUGGCGGUGAUGUUCUUGAUGGAGAUAUGCGUCCUGACACUUCAUGACAAAAGAUACCCAACUCUAUUUUUCAGCGUCCGAUUAGCCGUGGCAAAGAAGAGGAGAGAAGAGCGCAGGAUGAAAAGAACUGGCUUACUACUGGGUUACUUUUUGAUGAAAGUUCUUGUGUGCGACGCGGAAGGAGAGCCUGGGAAAAACCUGGAUGGUUUGGUGACGGCGUCCGGGUCCAACGACUCCAGAGACGGGGAAAGCGGUCUCUCUGAGACCCCUCACACGGAGGACAGGUGUCGGGGCUAUUAUGAUGUGAUGGGUCAGUGGGAUCCUCCGUUCGUGUGCCGGACGGGUAGCUACCUGUACUGUUGCGGGACCUGUGGCUUCAGGUUCUGCUGCGAGUUUAAGAACUCCAGAUUAGAUCAGACCACCUGCAAAAACUACGACACCCCGCCGUGGUCCAUGACAGGCAGGCCACCGCCGAAGAUGAUGGACCAACACGAUCCGACUAAGGAUAAAACAAAUUUGAUUGUGUAUAUCAUAUGUGGAGUAGUUGCUAUCAUGGCGCUGGUUGGGAUAUUCACCAAACUUGGCUUGGAGAAGGCGCAUCGACCUCACAGAGAGAACAUGUCGAGAGCGCUGGCCGAGGUGAUGCGCCAGACAGCUCCAGGAGAACAUGUGGAGAGAGAGGAGAGCUUGGUGGUGCAUGGACAACACUACGAGAACAUGCAGGCCAGAGCAACAGGAAACAACCUGCAGGGUGCCCAAAUAAACAGUGUGGGACCUGGGUCAUCUAUGAUGCAAGCUAUGACACAAUACCCUGCCCUUGGACAGGUACCUGUAGCCCACCCCUAUGAACCAUCUCAACCUGGAAAGGAGCUCAACAAGUAUGCUUCGCUCAAGGCUGUGGCUGAAAAAGCAAAUGAAAACUUCUACACUAACAGACGGCACCUAGCCGACCUGGCAGCGAAAGGCACUCUUCCUAUGCACUCGGUGAGUCUGGAGCAGGAGCCCACCAACCCUUACAGCCCCGAGUUGCCCUGCCAAAAGCAGAAUGGACACAAGUCUAAAAGCACCAAGGUCCACAGUUCCCACCCGCUUGCUUUUGGCUCGAACACCAUUGCCAAUCCCGGCAUGCUGAAGGGCUGGGAGAUGACAGAAACGCUGGGUCACCGGCACACGUACGCCCCCAAGAAGCACAGCGCCACCGUGGACCAAGUGAACAUGCUGACAUCCGCCUACAGCCAGCACUACCUACCACCACAUCCAUAUUUUGUCACUAACAGCAAGACUGAGGUGACCGUGUGAACGGGGCUGCAACACCGGGUUUAUCGAGCCCAGGCCUGAGUGGAUGCGUGGAUCGGAGAAUGAGGAUAAUAAAGGAAGCCUGAUAGAGGAAGAAGUGUGGAUUAGGACCCCGUCCUGCUGGAAGGAUUGACCGAGCGGUCUGGCUCAAGAUCUG